GUUUUUCAAGCGACCACGUGCGUUCAGUAGGAGUGAUAAGAAAGGGAAAAGAGAGCGUAACUGAUAAUAUUUAAUAGUCAUUAGCGAAAAGGGGACGGCGCAAUAUACGGUGUUGGUCGCGGCUCGCUCGGAAGGCAGGCGCGGCGGCGUGGCUCGCCGGCGCUUCAGUCAGUAGCUUGCGAGAGCCGGGUCGCGCCGCUACAGUGAACGCUCGCUCGCUCAAACACGGCCCGAAACUUCGCUCGCGACGCACGCCUCCCGCGUCUCGCACGCUCCAAAAUAAAGCACCCACCACGUGAUCGCGCUCGCUGUCAACCUCUUAAAAACUCGUAAAACCCGCGGCACGCGCUACCGAGUCGUAAAAUAAUCGUAAAAAGUAAACACACAUCAACUCGUUUAUCGCCAACGAGGCCCAUUAUGACGCUCGAGUGACGUAUAGGCGUGUAACGACGACAAUUAAAUUAUCGAAAAUUAAUUUCGGAUUUUAGGAGUGACAUUGGCGGAGGUCGCGUUAUCACGGCGAUGACAUAAGUGUUUCUAACUGAGUGACGAUAGUGAUUGCGAAGAUGAACUCUUACUUUGAGCAGGGUGGUUUUUACGGGGCGCACGGAGUGCACCAGGGGGGUGGCGGCAGCGACCAGUACAGAGGGUUUCCGUUGGGUCUGACGUACGCCCAGCCGCACGGGUUGCACCAGCCGAGACCGCAAGAUUCCCCUUACGAUGCGUCAGUGGCGGCAGCAUGUAAGCUGUACGCGGGAGAGCAGCAGUACGCCAAGGCGGAUUGUUCGAAGACCGGAGGGGACCAGCAGAACGGUUACGGCGGCAAGGAGGGCUGGGGCUCGGGUCUGGGCGCGCUCGUGCGGCCCGCGGCCUGCACCCCGGAGGCCCGGUACAGCGAGUCGUCGAGCCCGGGCCGCGCGCUGCCGUGGGGCAACCAGUGCGCGCUGCCGGGCGCCGCCGCGGCCGCCGCGCAACCCGUCCAGCACCAACCCACCAACCACACCUUCUACCCUUGGAUGGCCAUUGCAGGCGCGAAUGGCCUCAGAAGACGAGGGAGACAGACUUACACAAGAUAUCAAACGCUAGAAUUAGAGAAGGAGUUCCACACGAAUCACUACCUCACGCGGAGGAGACGCAUAGAAAUGGCGCACGCCCUCUGUCUCACGGAACGACAGAUCAAAAUAUGGUUCCAGAAUCGAAGGAUGAAAUUAAAGAAAGAGAUUCAGGCUAUAAAAGAGUUAAACGAACAGGAGAAGCAAGCGCAGGCGCAGAAGGCGGCGGCGGCGGCCGCGGCCGCGGCGGCGCAGGGCCACCCCGAGCACUAGGCCGCGCCGCGCGCGCACGUGAUAUACCGCAGUCCGAACACUCCCUAGCUUUGUGUUUUGUAAAUUGUUUGUAAUUAUUUUCGUUAUCUACCUAAGUGUUGUUCGGUUGUUGUGAUUAUUUUUAUUAGUUAUUAUAAUAGACGCAAUGUUUUUCUAAUUGAUUGAGGGAACAAUAAACGGUUUAAUGCUAGACUAGAAA